UACGUGGCUCUUCAUGUUGCGGUCGUUUCAGUUUCAGGGCUAUUCAUGGUGAUGGGGGGCUCCGGAUGGCCGUAUUAGCAGGCAAUCGAGGCAAGACCUUGCGAGCACUAAGGCCGUUUAGAGCUGUAAGCUGAAGCGCCCCCUGGGAUAGGUGUCCCCUGGGUGUGUACAUCUGGACUCGAUCAUACUACACACCAAUUUGGAGGGUGACAAGCCACUGCAUUGAAGCAGUUCCGAUUUCCUCUAUUCAUAGUUUGAUCUCCGGGCUGACCCUCGAGAGCUCAUAUCAGGCGCGAAAAGAAAAAAAAUACACCUUGGACGCACCCAAUGUUCUCUUUCGCCCGGUCCGAGAACUAUAAAGCUGAUAGCAUUUGGUGCACGUCUUGCCCAGUUUUCUUCGACGCCUCAAACCCUCCCCCGUCUCCUAGUACCAAACCCUCCCGUCCUUACAACCAACUACGACCAUGUCUGGCGAUAAUCCAUUUGCUCAGUGGGGCGGCGAACGCGACCAGCCAAAUCUCUCUCCUUCAAUUUACGGAGCGCUGCCGUUAGGCCAAUCGACGCCGGUCCCAUACAACCUCCCCGGGCGAUAUGCGUCAUCGAGCACUAACGCAUCAUCAUCAUCCGUGAACUCUGGCGGCAAUUCACAACUUCAAAUAAUGUCUUUCCGAUUCGUGUCUCCCGCGCGAACCAUCUUGAAUUCUACACUCAUGGGUGCAGAUGGAAAGAAGUACUUCACGAUCGCGACCCAUGCCAUUGGGAACACGGUUGUUAUCAAUGAGCAGGCUGGCGGAAGCGGGGAGGCAGGAGGAAGCAUUGAAUGGCAGCGGUACCCCAUCGUGUCUCUAAUGGACAUCGUGGCGCGGCAAACGGCGAAGCAGUGGCUAGCUCUGAGUGCCGACAAACGGUACCGGAGUAUGACGCUGCGGGGCCAACAGUAUAGUUGGGUUCCAUCCACAGGCAUGAUAUGCCUGUAUACGUCUGGGCAUAACCCAUCGGAAUUCGUUGCUCGGAUCGUCCAAGGGAAGGAGGGUAGUGGUGUGAUGGUCGCUCUAGACAUAACAGCCAAGGCUGUACAGGCCGGAUUGUUGGAUGCUUGUGUGCUUGCGGCCGUUCUGUUCACCUCUGGCAGGAACAUCGAUUGAUGGGAAGGAAUAGAAGAGCAAGAGGUUGGAUUGCGGACAACUGGGACUGACCUAUCAUCUAUGUAUCAUAGAUUUCUUAUCAAUGUAGCAUGGCUUCUCCACGUUUCUC